AUGAAUCGAAUGAAACCAUCCCUAUCCUCUAUUUCUAUGCUCUUACUUGCCUUACUUAUCUUCCUGAGCCAAACCCAAGUCACCUAUUCACUUUUCAACAAGUACCGGGUGCAUAUUAUCAAUGGAUUGACAAAUGAGACUCUUACGGCUCAUUGUAAAUCCAAGGACGACGAUCUGGGAGUUCAUGAACUUGCAGUGGACCAGGAAUUUUCAUGGGAAUUUCGCAUCAACUUUUUUGAUAGAACACUUUACUUUUGUAAUCUGGCCUGGAAGGGUGGACAUAAAACUUUUGAUGCGUUUCUAGUCGAUGAGAAAGCUUUGCUGAAUUCUUGUAGUUCUUCUGACUGCAUGUGGAGAGCAAGAGAUGAUGGAGUUUACUUGUUUAAUUAUCCGCACAAACAAUAUAGACUAAAAUAUCAAUGGGAAAAAUGA